AUGGCCACUGAAGUCAAGAAUACAGUGAACGCACAGUCCUACACGGGAAUACGCCCUCCUGCUUCAGAUCCUACACGAUAUCAAGCACCCACAGAGAGCACGCCGGCACAGACAAGUCAUGACGGCAUGUCCAUCCAGGCAAGCACGGCCCGCCUGCCAUCGCUUCUCGACCCUCACGGUAUACUGAAUUCUGGGGGCAAGUCAGAUCCGAACGUUGCACCUACAUUAUCAGCACCCACAAGGCAGAACGAUCGGGAGGGCGAAGAAAAAAACGCUGGCAAUCGCCUCAGUCGCAAAGCCCGCAGAGAAGAAUGGUGGCGCAAACAACACGCGAAGCAGCUUAAAUCUCCUGAUCAAAGACGCGCCCUCAACAGGUCUCGAGAGGCGAUCACGCCGCGGCGAGCGAUCCUCGAGGUACCUUGGGACCAGCAGGGUGUCCUGGAUAAAAGGAUACACCCGCAGCGCUUCGGUCUGAAUGAGGUCAUUUCGAAGGAGGGCAUACCGAAGGAACAGGAACAAGCAGCACACCACAAAGGGUCUUCUGUUCUGAUCUUUCGACACUCAAGCGGUUCUUCAUUCAUAGAUGCCACGCCCGAACGUAUUGAAACGUCUUCGAUAUUCCGGCCUGUUUCAUAUGCCAAUUUCCAGAUCAGUCCACAGUACUACUCUGCUAGCCGGACUCUCGAAUUUCGGAAAGACAAGCACAAUGACACACAGAGCUUUCGUCGAUAUAUCUCUCCCGAACCGAGCGAUAUGACUGAAGACUUGUACAGAAGGAAGAUCGAAGCGCUUCGAGGAGACUUCAGCAAAACAUGGCUGAGUGCAUCAGACGACGAAAAUUGGAACUCGACGGCAGGCUCGACGGCAUCAGACCCUUUCCCAAACGACGCCACUCCCGUCAUCAAGACUGCGAUUGUCGAGGCACAUAGUGAUCAGGAAGGCACUGAAGGGUGGAAGGCCGUACCAGACUUUACUGGGGAAGCUGUCGCUUCUCAAAAGCCUUAUGGAUCUCUUCACAACAUCUCCAAUCCAGACAAGAUGUUGAAUCUUGAUUGUGAUGUUGAUCGGGAGUCACCAUCAGCUGGAUCAAGAAAGGGGCAGACAUCUAGUUCGAUGAUUUCUACUGUCUCUGAUCCAAAAACUGACCACACAGAGUCGAUGAUGGAGCGGGAGGAUCGACAUGGAAGUUCAGGCUUGGUUCAAGCAAAAGUGGAUGACUCUCACACUUGGACGCAUAUCCGCUCGGAGGAUCUGGACCCAAAGACUGCUCAGUUGAAGGCUGCAGUAGAGGCUGAAGCUCGUGAGCAGAUGAAGCAAAUCAAGACUGCACGCCGAGCUCGCCUCAAUGCCACGGCUGAACAGAGAGAGACAUCUCAGGACCCCAAGAAUGAACGCGAGACACAGGAGUCGCAUGAAACACAUCGUCACAACCGAGCACACUCUGACACUACCAGACCGCCAUCCCAACAAGCAUCAUUGCUCCAGACUCAAACCGUAAUUCGGUCUUGGGACGAUACUUACGAUGACACCAUCUCGGACGUAUCGACAUACGCAACGUCGCUAUUCUCCGUGGCUUCACUGGCAUCGUCAGCAUCCAACUUAACUGCGCAUAGCAACUAUUCCCUGAAGCAAAUCUCGUCGGCAACCAAGGAGCUUUACAACAUAUUCCACAAGGAUGGAGAGCUAAUUCAAUUGUACAAGACAGCUGUACACGAUCCAGGAAUAGGUCCAGAGAGACUGCAACGAAACCUGCGUCGUCUACUUCAGUCUUACGCAAAGAACCUUGAAGAUGAGCAAACCGAGAAUUUGGAGUAUCUAGCUUCUAGGCUUGUGGCAUUGAAGGCUGGUGAACUUGCACGGUCCAUUGUCGCAAAGUUUUACUGCGCACCCGUCGAGGAGCAGACUCGUGUGCCCAGGAUGCAUGAAGAAAGCUUCGAAGACGAGAAGGAAGCUAUGCUAAUUGAUGAGAAUAUCUUUGAAGAUCUCAAGGCUUUUCGUCACUUUCUUGUAAGCGCCGCCGCUUUCGAGACAUUUCGAACGCAGAUCCAGUCUUUCGUUGUUCCCAGGGACAAUGGCUCCAGGCAAGCGGAACCUAAGCAAGAGGUUAACAUGAGACGAGAAAGCGCGAAGGGGGCAAUCAAGGGCAGUACCUGGUGUAGCUGGCGCGAUAAAUUAGCUGAAGCUGCGGAUGUAUCGCUCAUCCAAAAGGAUUUAGGACUCGCUUCGCAACUAGCAUCGAACUUGGUCCUCGAUGCUUUGACUCUGAUGACAGACAGAGCAUGUGUUGCAACAGGGUUAUUAGAGCCACCUCUCCGCCCUGAAAUGGUUCGGUUGCGCUGGAAAUGUACCUGUGGCGAUGGACUCUUCAGCGAUGUUCUAGAGCUUCGAGAGAAUGGUGCUCAAGAGCUUGCUUCACGCAUGCAAGAGUCUACUGCGAUCGAAGUGACUGUUUCGGCGUAUGACAGUCUCUCAGGGAACCAGCGAUACAUACUGCCACGUCACCUUCGAUGGUCUCGGAAUGUGGAUAAUAACGCUUCUUCAAACAAAGCAGAAAAGAGUUGGACAUCUGCAAAUGGCUCAUCUUCGACAACAUCAGCAUCGGCAGCGGGUGGCACAGCGAACUUCGGCGCCAGUCACCUUCGCUGGUCUGGAAGCACGAGCGGCAGCGCUUCCCAGGGGAAGAAUCAGGCAUCGUCCAAUGACCCUUUAGCGUCAACAUCAGUAUCUGCAGCGGCAUGCUGUUCCAGCCCAGGCACCACUAAGCUAGGGCUAAUGCUUCACUUGAUGGCCUGCAUACAUAAUAAGAGCUCCAGCAAGAUUCUCCUGCAAGAUCGUAUCGAGAAAAUCGACACCGACUACGAUCUCAUUCAGUUUCUUCGACUCCAAUACCGCCGGAGCCGUGGGCGGCUGCGCACGAAAUUCUCGUUGAAGUCUGUGCGAGGUAUACACUUCGUCAAAUUUCAUCUUCCCAUGGGAAACAGUGUAAUCAUUCGUCCUCACGGCGUAUCAUGCGCGCCCCUCAACAACCUUUCCGCGUCCUCGAACACAAUGGCGUGCGGAUGUCUCCCGCCUAAGGACAAGGUUGAACCUUGCGACAGUGCUGAGUAUCAAUGCCACCCAGUCCCGCCGAGUACCUUCCCACCUGUGACACCGGAGCAUCUCAACUCUCUGUUCACUUGUCAAGAACAGCCUAAUCAGAUCAGUCGUUGGAUUGUCAACCAGAUUCCGAAAAGAAAGUGGGGCGAACUGUUCGGCAACAUGAAUCAGCCUGCAGAAGGAUGGGGAAUAUACUAUGAAGAGGGGUGGGAUCCUGCAAGGAUCGCCAUUGUAGUCUUUGUACUGCUGUCGGGCAGUCUGUUGUUCUCGAUACUAUGGACCACCUUGAAGGAUGACAUUCAGGGUGCGUUCGGGGUGGGUGCAUGGAUGGUGGGCAUUGGAGGGGCGUUGUUGGCCGUCAUUGUUACGCAAGUUGACAGCGUCUGA